AUGUUCUCGACUUUUACCGGCAGUUCGAGGCGUCCCCGGAAUGUCAACCUGAGCGGGCAGGCCGGUAAUCCAUUUGCCAACACAUCAUGGAGUCCGGCUGUCGUCUCCAACGCAACGAAGACCGUAUCAGAUGCACAAGCCGAGCGAGAGAAGCGUUACUUGGAAAGGCAAAGAUUAAAGGCCGCUGCCAAGAUCCAACGCAUAUGGCGCGGCCACAUUACAAGACGCAACUUGGCCAACCAAAGACGAGCUAUCUUUGAUAACUUGUAUCGCUCUUCAUCAGCCAUUUCCGCCGCCGAACGUCUGCCUGUUGCUUUUAGCCUUCUGCUCUAUUUCUUCUCCAGGCGAUCCGACCAUGAUAUUCAAAGAACUUGUUUGUUUGCCCGAGAUUGCGAAUCGGCACAUGUCGACCAUAUUGCCCCGCGCGGUAUCCAUAGAUCACGCCUGAGAUACUUGGCUAGUAUUCUUGUUUCCACCCUACAUUCCGUGGCUUCAGAAAAGGCGUUGACUCUAGACGUGUCGAUCAUUCUUGGACUCAUCACCCGAUUGGCAAUUUACGACUCUCAUUGCAUGGCAGACUCGCUUGACCAAUACUACACCGCCCUAGCUACCCUUUGUAAGGGGCGAGAAGCCGAAAGAUGGAACGAGCUCUUGUUCACGUCUCUAAUAACACCUCUCCAGGCCAAGUCAAACAAUGGAGCAGCAUAUAAAGCUUUUGCGUCCAAUUUUUUUACCAGAAGCGACUUGUACCUCUUCGAGAACAAUAACCUCCCCUUAUCCAGGGGCAUCAAAGCCGGCAAGCUCGCAGAAUCCAUUUGUUCAAUAUAUGAAUCCUCACCUUCAACAAUGCCGUCUCCGGGCGAUUUACUGUGGCUGCUGGCGCAUUACAUUGGUCUUGGCCGGGCCUCGCUUGAACCAUCCGCAAGGCUCUCCUAUCUUCGAGCUCUUCUGAUACAAUUAUCGUAUUUGUCAUCAGAGAUUAGUAUCAGGAUGAGUUUCAAACCCCAGGUCGACGAUUCAGACGACGAGAAUGACGGCGGUCCGUUGCUGGUCCUUGCCCCGUACGUCUCCUCGCAACUGCUAUCACUUGUGGAUCAUGAUGGAAUAUCCAACGUUCUUCGGGACUUUUCCUCCAACUUGGCUCGCUCCGACACAGAAGAGGAGUCUUUUGGAACCAGCCUGCUCGCGGGUUAUCUAUUAACUCUUUCACACUGCUUUCCAGCGAAAGCCGAUGAUAUGAGAAUGAGAUUGUUCCUUGAACAAAUACCGACUUCCGUUGGGCCAAUACCCACGGUCAAAUUUCUUUGGCAGAUCAUGCGGCAGACUUCGGUAUUUGACAAAAUGAGUAGAGAGUCAGAAAACCCCCUGGAAGUCAUCCGCCGGUAUUUUCGAGGCUCGUUUCAGUUGUCACAAGAUAGCACCGAAGAGCAAGAAUGGCGAGUAAUUCUUCUCUUUCUGGACCUCUAUACAUUUAUCCUGCGCCUCAGCGAUGACGAGGACUUUUUGAGCGGCAUGAAAACGCAAAUAAUUGAUAAUGAUGCAUCUGACUCUCGUCUCCGUCAAUGUAGCCUGUCACUAGUGGAUGUCGAGGCUCUGACAACGUUCCUGAAAAACACAGCUUUCGUCCUGCUCUAUCAGGCUCGGGAAAUCUCGCAGUCGCAGAAGAUGGCGGAUGGGGCAAUGAAAUCACGGCUUGACUCAUAUCCUGAAGCUGGCAAGCACGGAUCUGAGUUGGCAGAGACGGCCACGUCACCGGCGUCCACAAAGGUUGACUUGGAUGGCCUACGUGCUAUCAUAACCACAGCGCUUAAGAUGCUCUACGAAAGAGACUCAAGAAAACACUUCCUCCCGACGGAUCACUGGUUGAUGAAUAACAAGCUGCAGCAGGAAGACUUCAUCAAUGCUGUCAUCACUGAAGAGGAGCGACAGAUUGAAGAAGAGGCCGAAGAAAGCGGCGAAGACGAGGCCCCUAUGAGCGGAGGAUUCAACCAACAAUCCAACUUUUAUUCAACCAUGGCCGGUCAACGGGUGUCUCGCCAUGCUCGCCUAGAGGGACUAAAGAGACAGCAAAUACGCUCUCAGAGGGAGCGAAGGCUCGCCGAAAUGGGCCCCAAGUUGGAAAUACUAAAGCAUAUGCCCUUCGCAGUUCCGUUUGAAACCAGAGUCAAGAUUUUUCGCCAGUUUAUUAAUCUGGAUAAAAUCCGGCGCGGUGUGAACAAUGCCUUCGGACUGGCACACCUCUAUUCCAGACACCAUGCCAAAAUUCGACGCGGCCAGCUCUUCGAGGAUGCCUUCAACCAGUUCUACCAAAUAAAUGACGGACUCAAAGACACGAUUCAAAUCACAUUUGUGGACCAAUUCGGUACACCCGAAGCGGGUAUCGACGGUGGUGGUGUGACCAAGGAGUUCCUCAUUGGUGUAACCUCUGAGGCUUUUGGAAACAAGGAAGAUGGGACAGGAAUGUUCAGCUCCAACGAACAGGGGCUGCUUUUCCCUAACCCUACGGCUGUAGACACGCGUCGCGAGCUCGUUUCGCGACAAGGCUUGAAAGACGACGACGAAGACCACAGGGAUGAAGUGAACGAUUUACUGAGGCGAUUUGAAUUUCUUGGGCGCAUUGUUGGCAAGUGUUUGUACGAGGGUAUCCUGGUAGACUUGGCAUUUGCCGGAUUCUUCCUCUUGAAAUGGCCAUCUGCUGGCCCAAACGAUGAAAAUACGUACAAGGGGAGCAUCAAUGACUUGCGGGACAUGGACGAAGAACUAUAUCUGGGCUUGCUGCGACUAAAGAACUAUCGAGGCGAUGUAUCUGAACUGGGCUUCGACUUCACCGUUACAGACCAGGUCUCUCCACCCGGCGCUCCAGUCAAAACCAUCACUCGAAAGCUGAUCCAGAACGGCGACCAAAUUCCUGUCACAAACGACAACCGCCUCCUUUACAUUUCAUACGCCGCUCGCCACCGUCUUGUCGUCCAACCGGCUCUCCAAACAGCUGCUUUCCUCCGCGGUCUCCGCUCCAUCAUCCCCCCAUCAUGGCUUUCCAUGUUCAAUCAGUCGGAGCUUCAACGCCUCGUAGGCGGGGAUUCUUCCGAAAUCGACAUUGACGACCUGCGUCGCAAUACUGUGUAUAGCGGACUCUACGAAGUCGGCGACGACAACGAAGAGCACCCCACCAUCAAGUCGUUUUGGAGGGUCAUGGAGGGCUUUACCGAUGCCCAACGAAGAGACGUUCUCAAAUACGUCAGCUCGACACCUCGUGCACCACUACUUGGGUUUUCGCAGCUCCGUCCGAAAUUCAGCAUCAGGGAUGGAGGCACGGACGAAAAGAGACUUCCGAGUACCAGUACUUGUGUCAAUUUAUUGAAACUGCCUGUAUACACUAGCGAGGAAGCUCUGCGGGAGAAAUUGCUGUACGCGGUCACAUCGGGGGCAGGAUUUGACUUGAGCUAG